GCUUCCAUCUUUUUAUUAAUUUUAUUUUUUACAAUCGGUAUAAGUUUUCUGGAACCGUAAUGUUUUAUAAACUAUGUGCACUUAUGUGUUUUUUGAUCGUUGUAGAGCAUAUCACAACCACAAUGUCCAGUGACAGCAUUUCGGGUUAUAUACGAAAAUGUUGUAUAAAUGGACUUCGUCAUGCGCGUACCACCGCCUCCUGCAAAAAUAUAAACAUAGCCCCAACAAUAAUUCCACAGCUUUGGCUUGGACUUUGUCAUUCUACACUUGAAGUCUGCUGUUCUCGAGAACUGGACCAUCAAAAUUGUGAGCUAGGUCGACUGGCUGCUUUAGACGGUACUCGCUGCGACAGAGAAGGAAAUGUUACAUCUAGUUCGUACGCAACAUGUUGUCGUUCUUGUCAAAUUGGAUUGGCAGUUAAAGCGAGUAAAGCUAAUUGCAAAGAUCCAUUAUUUUCAUUUCUUUUCUCAAUUGAAUCAUACCGAACGUGCUGUCACGGAGCUGCUGACCUUAACGACAAGCCCGAUAUUGGCAAAAUUGAUAAGGCUAAUUCUAUUAGUGAUGGUGGUGAAUUACCAUUUGUUUCUGAAGAGGAUAUGAAUGUAACUAUUGUCCUUACCGGCGAUGAUGACAUAUGUGGGAAAAUAGAAAAUCUUUGUGCCCACAUAUGCGAAAACACUUUUGACGCAUACCAAUGUAAGUGCCACCCCGGGUUUAUGUUAGAUAAUAACAACGUAACAUGCUCUCCGAUGAAAACCCAAAUAUGUCCCAGUGGGUACAAUUUAGAUAAACUGGAUAACAAAUGCAUUGAUAUUGAUGAAUGCCGGGAAGAACUUCAUGACUGCAAAUCAUCCCAAUACUGCCAUAAUACGAAUGGCGGGUUCCACUGCUUAAAUGUGAAAGCAAAAGACUGCCCACCUGGAUUUCAUUAUGAACAUGAUUACGAUGAAUGUAAAGAUGAGUACAAAUGCAAGGAUCGCAAAUGUGUUAAUGGUCAAUCUUGUGAUAGAGGUUUCAGUUUUAAAAACGGUACCUGUACAGAUAUUGACGAGUGCUCACAUAACACAUUAAACAACUGCCAUGGCAUUAGUAAUCAGGAUUGUAUCAACACCGUUGGAAGCUAUACCUGCAAUUGCCAGGCUGGAUUUCAUUUGGAUGCCACACUAAAUAAGUGUAUUGAUAUAAAUGAAUGUUCAAUAAAUAAUCACAACUGCCUUCCAACACAGAGAUGUGAUAACACGAUCGGAUCAUAUAUAUGCACGCGUCUUCAAAGCUGCGGCACAGGAUAUACCUUGAAUGCGGAAACGGGGAAUUGCGACGAUGAUGAUGAAUGCAUGCUGAGUACACAUAACUGUCCUUCAAACUAUGAUUGUCACAAUACAAGAGGAUCAUUCCGAUGUUAUAGAAAAAUCAAAACAAUGUUUACAACAAUAACGACAUCAACUACAGUUUCGCCUUCAUCCUCGGAAAAUGGACAAAAAGGUUUUAAUAGCCGAUACCCAUACCCUCUAGCUGUACGCCCGGAAUAUUCUCUACACAACAAUUCCUUUUCCACAAGUCGGCGCAUGGACUGCUCCCCUGGAUUUUAUAGGAAUAAUCUUGGUGCCUGCGUCGAUACAAAUGAAUGUAUGGAAAAAAAUCCCUGCGGUAACCAUGAACGAUGCAUUAACACAAAUGGGCAUUUUCGCUGUGAAAGCUUAAUCCAGUGCUCGCCCGGCUACAAAUCAACAGCGGACGGUAAAUCUUGCAUAGACAUUGAUGAGUGCAAUACUGGUGAACACAACUGUGGCGAAAGGCAGAUUUGCCGUAAUCGAAACGGUGGCUUUGUGUGUUCCUGCCCUAUAGGUCAUGAACUUAAAAGACACAGUAUUGGUGCUAGUACAUGUGUUGAUACGAACGAAUGUGCACUAGAACAACGUGUAUGCCCAUUAAACGCGGAAUGCUUUAACACCAUUGGGUCUUACUAUUGUGAGUGCAAAUCUGGUUUUCAAAAGAAAUCUGACAGUAAUAAUAGCACACAAUGUUAUGAUAUCGAUGAGUGUCAAGUGAUUCCGGGACUUUGUCAACAAAAAUGUCUUAACUUUUGGGGAGGAUAUCGAUGCACAUGUAACUCUGGAUACCAACUAGGACAGGACAACCGCACAUGCAAUGAUAUAAAUGAAUGUGAAGUACAUAAGGAUUACAAUCUAUGUAUGGGAUUAUGCAUUAACACUCCUGGAUCCUAUCAAUGUUCCUGUCCACGUGGAUAUAUGUUGUCUGCAGAUAUGAAUACGUGUCGCGAUAUCGAUGAAUGCGCAACAGAUUCCAUGAAUCAAGUUUGUACUGGCCGGAAUGAUAUUUGUACAAAUAUCAGAGGAAGCUACAAAUGUACUACAAUAAAUUGCCCGCUUGGAUACAGCAUUGACCCAGAACAAAAAAAUCGAUGCCGCCAGAACACUAACUUUUGUGAAGGAGAAGAUUGUUACACCAAACCGUCAGCUUACACAUAUAAUUUUAUAACAUUCGUUUCUAAGCUAAUGAUACCUCCAGAGGGUCGUACCAUAUUUACAUUGAGAGGACCACUUUGGUAUGAUAAUAUCGAUUUUGAUCUUAAAAUUGUUCGCAUUCAAGCAGCCACCCAUAUUCAAAGGGCAACCAAUGGAUGUUUUGACACUUUAAAAAACAACAACCAAGUAAACGUGCAACUAAAGAAAUCAUUGGAGGGUCCCCAGGAUAUCGAGUUGGAGUUAAGUAUGACAGUGUACACAAACGGAAUGCCCCGUGGGAAAAGUGUAGCAAAACUAUUUCUUUUUGUUUCUCAACAUACAUUUUAAAAAAAAAUAGUGUAUUUCAUUUGGUACGAACAUGUAUAACUUUAGACUUCCUACAAAUCUGUAUAGUAGACACAAAUAAAAAUUAUACUAAAGGACUUAAUA